GCAUUGAGACAGUGAGACAUGGCGCGUUCCGACACGCGAUCCCAACGCAACGCGACAUCCCGAGUUUGGCGCGCGUUUCUAGCAGGGCUCGGAGCGGCAAGGGGGCUAGCGCCCUCUGCGUUGCAAGUCAGGAAGCUUCUCCCUCUUCUCCGCCCCUUCGCUCUCGGCGCACUGAUUGGUUCGCUCCUCGUCGCCGCGUCGCUUCUCUCCGCCAAUCCCCCCCGCGCUGCACCUUCCGCGGCUGUAGCUUCCGCAAGUGGCUCGGGGACGUUAGGGGGAGGGGGCGCAGGGGGGGUUGGCGCAAGGGGUGCAAGUGACUGGAUACACGGGGGCGAGGGGGUGGUAACCAGCAAUGCGGUAACCAUCUCGUCCUCGGGAGGGGCUCUGGACGCAGCUGAUUCGCUGCCGGGCCUGUCGGAGGGCUUCGGCAUGGCCCUUACAGACCUGGAGCAGAGAGACCCCACGCUGCUGGCGCUGCAAGUGAGCAACCGCCAGCUGGCAGCGCUGACGGCUGACGUGGCGCAGUGGCGGGUGAGGAGUGGUGCCAGCAUGGACGGCGUGAUUGGCGCUGCCAGGGAGGAGCUCCAUUCCCUCCUGGCAGCCGCUCCCUCCUCUAUCCAGCACAUUCCGCCAUCCUCCCUGCCUCUUCUCCUCCGCUUCCUCCGCUCCCCUGACGUUUUUCACCAAAAUGUCUCUGCUCUCUCUGCUGCUCUCGCCGCCCUCCUCCCUAUUCAACUCAUCCCGCUUCCCUCUCUAACUGCUGCUGCUGCUGCUGCUGCUGCUGCUGCGUCAGGGAAGGACGCAGACAUAUUCCGCAAGCUCUUCGAGUAUGUCUUCUGGCUGCGCCCCUACGUCGCCCUCUUCCGCUCCAUCCCCACCCCCACGCUCUCCCGCCUCUCCCCUCUCCGCCUCUCCUCCCUCCGCUCCUCCCUCUCCCUCCAAGGGCGGCAGGCAGCUGCUACCCUUAAUGCCGCCCGCUCCUCCCUCCUCUCCUCCCUCCGCAUUCUCUCCUCACGCUGUGGAGUCAACACGGGCAGCGAGUUUUGGACUGACAUGCAUGACUCGGCGCUGCAAAGGUACCGGUGGGUGGCGGAAUCGGCGUUUGACAAGUGGUGCGUGGACUGGGCGGCGGUGGGCGGCGAUUAUCGGCAGCGAGUGGGGCUGGUUGCACCGGGGGAGAUGCGAGGAGAAUGGAAGGAGAGAGAGCGAGUGUGGGGUGGAUGGGCGCACAGCCGGAGGUGUCGUUCCUGCUGCUGCCAGACGCCGUCUCCCGGGCACAAGCAGGGCAGCAGCACGGGCAGGGACCCAGCAGCAGCAGUGAAGGGGGGGGAGGAGGGAGGCGGCAAGGGGCAAAGUGCUGGUGCUGCUGAGGGGGGCGGAUGCAAGAGCGAUAGUGGCGCGGGUGCAGGGCGGGCUGGGGCAAGACGCUGGGAGCUUGGAGCAGCAGAUGAGGGAGUGGGGCGACAUGGGCAAGCGACUGCACAGCACCACCACCAACCGCACCAGUGACAGCACCCCAGGUGACAACAACAACACCGGUGACAUCAAUGGCGCCAGCACCACUCCCCCUCCGCUAGCCUACAGGGGUUGGGUGCAGGGCACGCCCUUGGCCAUCCGCCGCUCUGCGCUGCUCUCCAUGGGGUCCGUGGCGCCGCUGCAGGGGGCAGAGGCAGGGAGUGCGGGGGAGGAGGGGGGUGUGGGCAGCGGCGUUGGUGCGUGGAUGCUGUGUGUGCGGGCAUGGCUUGCUGGGUUCCAUGUGGGGCUCUUUCAAUCCCCAGCGGCUGGGUUUCUGCUUCCAGCGCGUGCUGGGCCAGGUACAGGGGGGUUUGAGUCGGUGAGGGGCCUGGGUGUGGUGUAUGGCGAGUUUGCUACACUUGCUGCUCCAUAUGUGCGCACUGUAAGGCACAGAAUAGACCUCUUGAACUCAU